UUUCCUAUGUAUUAGAAAUUACACCAUGUUAGAAACAAUUGUCUACAUUCUUAACUUACUAACUCUGCUAUUUCUCCAGUCCUUUGUUUGUAAUCAUUUUAACACCUUACGAGACUAAUUUAGUUGUUUUAUCUCGUCCUACAAACUAUAGACUACAGGCAGCGUUGCCGUGAAACCACAGACGCCAGUGGGCGAGUCAACCUAACCCCAUUGCUGAUGGACAGCUCUCCCAGCCAAUAGCGAUCGAGCUCCUCGGACUACAUGCCCAAAUAAGUACAGAGGAGAGGCGGGGCUAGUGUAGUGGCGAGUACGAGUGGCGCUAUUGGAGGAGGGAAGGAUGCUCUAUCAGCGGAGAGGAAUCAGGCAUCUAUCCAUGAAAAAUAGCCCGUUAUGUCUAGAUGUCAUGGGAGAAAAACUUUUCUUAGAUCCGCACCUGAUUUGGAAUAGAGUAUGAAAUCCGUCAUCUCGAGCGGAUAUUUAAUGAACUAAGCGCCUUGUAAGAUUUUCCUCGCCCACGGUGCGGACCGGUUCUUCUCCAAUCGCCUCGGCUAAAAACAUGAGUUUGUCUGAAUGGAGGCUGUGACGCGUGCAGCUGCUCUGACGGCGCAAAGCCGAGGAUGGCGCGUGCUCUCUCUGUGCUUGAUUACGCUGGUCUCCAUGGCGACCUCAUACCUCCCAGCUCAAGACUGGUCUUUGUUGGACUCCAGCACAACAAAGCAAUCUCUGAUGGAAGUGCCACAUGAUACAGCUUCACCCACCACCUUAUUAUACACUUCCUUCAAAGCCUUGGGACAGUCCAGUGACAUCCAUAGGACAUUCUCUAUCUUGCCUAACACUGAAUCACCCAAAGCCUCAGAGUAUUACUACGGUCACGUCAUCGACACUGUAUAUGGCUCAGCGUCCAUGCAACCUCCAAGCUAUAUCCCCAAUCCAGGGCCUCUCUCUGGCCCUGCACUACAUUCAGGCACCCAGCUCUCACAGACGUCACCAAAUUUACCUUCAACUGGGCUGGAUUCUUCUACAGAACCACCAUUUCAACCACCUGAAUUACAAGCAGAAAGAAUUAGCAAUAGUGACACUAUGUCUGGAAACCAGGAAGAACUUUCUAAUCAUUUAGUCCCUAGUCAUGAUUUAAAUAUCCAAAAUGAUGCUAUCCUAGAUGAUCAUCAGUUAUAUCCAAGUCAUGCCAUUUUUGGAAACUCUCGUGUGACAACAUCUUUCGCAGAGCCAACUAUGGGUCCACCAGAGGUCUUCUUCCCAACCAACACUGUGGAUGGGGACUAUGGUUCUGGUUCUGGUGAUUACUUGGAAACGAUGUCCUACAUGGGAUCUGAGGGAGAUGACUAUUCGUUGGUCACCAGUUUUCCCUCUGACAUGUAUGACUUUGAGGACUCAAACUCGGAAUCCUAUGAUACAUCAUUUCCUACAAGGGUAAUGAUUCCUUUGUCCACAAGACACUUCUCUCCCAGUCCCUCCACAACUGUCCCUGAUAGACAUGUUACCACAAAUCUUAACAUGGCCUUCAGUAUCACUCAAAAUUCAACCAGUACUCUCCAAGUAACCAAUAGAGAAAUGUCAAUUUCUCCAAGCGGAAUGACCACCAGAACCCCGACCUUAACCAGUAUUCCCAACAGUCUGACCCAUAUAUCAUUUUCCAGCACUAUGUACUUGGGUGUCCAAGUAAAUCCUACAGCAGUGCAUUCCAGUGCCUCCUUACAUCCGAGCAACAUAGUCAGUGAGACUUUAGAGUCAUAUUCUAACUGGCCUGACGUUACCAUUGAGCCCAGUGAUGUUCUUCUGCCUGAUAUGAAUAGUCUGGAGUACUACAACAUUCAACUCAAAAAGAGUAAUGAAAGCUUAAAAGAGCAACGGGGCAAACAGACCACUUCCAAAUAUUUCUCCCUCCCUCUGUCAGUAAGCAGUACCAGCACCUACACUGUUCCUCCCAAUCACAUGUUAACAGUAAUGUAUGGAGAGGACAUGCAGCCCAUGGACAACAACUCCUGGUCUGAAGAAUCUUCUGCAGACAUCUCAGGAUUUGAUUUGUCCAACACUACUAUCUUGGAUUUGUCAGACAUAAGACCUAGUCUAAUGAAUGGUAUAUUUCCAUCAUCAGCAUUAACUCGAUCCAUGGACUUUUCAACUUCCCUGUGGGAUCUGGCCACAACUGCUGACUGGAUUAGCACAGACUCUGUCUCCUCUGCCGUAGCCAGCAGCACCUCCCUGUCAGUGUUUUUCCCACCCUCUGAUUCAGAGGAAUCAGAUGUCCUGUUUCCGACUUCCACAAACAUCGACUGGUCUGUCAGCUCUACUCUGCCAGAAACCUCACUCCCUACUUCUUCGCUCAGCAGUAAUGUGUUCACCCAGACAAAUAAUGCCUCUGCAGUGCCCACUGAGUCAACCCUCAACAGCACCUCUGCCCUGUCUGUGACCGAGAUGGCUGACCAAGGUUUCACAGGAGCAGAGAGCCCUUUCACUGAAGUUACAGAUGAUGGAAUGACAACCAUCAGCAUGCCAGCAGUCUCUACUACUUCAGUAUUAUACAAUGAGACAACUGUGACUUCCCCGGGCCCAACAACUGAGGUGUUUAAUACUACAACUUUGCCUACAACCCCUUCAGUGACAACCCAGACUUCUACUCUUCAGACUACCACUGUCCGAGAGUACCUCUGCAACAUUACCAAACCUGAUACCUACUUAGUGCGAGUCGGUUUUCCACUAGGCUCCACCUCUGGUUAUGCCAAAGCAAAAGUCAGAGAGAUCCUCAAAGCUGAAUUCAAUCGAUCGGUUGAACUGCAGGUGGUGAAAUCCCCUCCAGACUUUGUGUUUCGGGCUGUGUCUGGUCCUGUUGUCUACACAGCCAUAUCAGUUAUGAAUGCUCUGAGACGGUUUACAUACACGUCUGACACCAUUCUCAGUGUUUCCCCAAUCAGUCCUGUACCCGGCCUACAGUACCACGUCCACUCUGUGCUUCAGUUUGUGCCCAUUCACAUAGACAUGCAUGUGUGCACAUUCAUCGAACACAUUGAAAGAGGCCUGAUUUACGCUUUCGCCGAAGUACGCCGUCGCUUAAAGGAGUCUACUGACUUUACUGUACAUAUAUUGAACAUCACCAUGAGGUCUGUGGCACCAACACAGACGCAGCUUAAUGGGCCGGUGGACAUCACCUUUGUGGUACGUGAUGCUCGAGGGUACAUACUAGGGUCAGAGGUCAGUAGUCACCUGAGACGUCUCAGUGUGGUGGAGUUUAGCUACUACCUGGGAUACCCUGUUCAGCAGAUCGCAGAACCAUUUCACUACCCUGAGCUGAACACUACACACUUGCUACGCUCUUCAUGGGUGAGGACAGUGUUGCUGGGCGUGAUGGAGCAUGAUGUGAGUGAUAGGAUUUUCCAGGCAAAGAUGGAGAGGAGACUAGCUCUGCUGCUUGGAGAGGGGCUUUCUGCAGGUCGACGCCUUAAAAGAGCCACCAGUGUGGGCAACAACAGUGUACAGAUUGUGCAGAUCACUCGUCUAGCAGAACUGGAUAACCCUCUGGAGAUGAUCUACUUUGUGGAAGGUGCUAACGGUGAAAGGCUGCCUGCUGUCACCACCGCAAACUUGCUCAACAGGCUGGAGGUGCAGCAUGCGGCCAUCUUGCUGGGAUACCGCAUCCAGGGAAUUCUGGCGCAGCCUGUGGAGAAGCAGGCAUCAUUGCCAUCUGAGACAGAGAAUACUAACACGUGGAUUAUAGUAGGAGUGGUGGUGCCUGUGCUGGUGGUGAUGAUCAUCAUAAGCAUACUGUACUGGAAACUGUGCCGCACGGACAAACUGGAGUUUCAACCAGACACCAUGAGCACUGUCCAACAGAGGCAGAAGCUGCAGACUCCCAGUGUGAAGGGCUUCGACUUUGCCAAGCUGCACCUGGGCCAGCACAGUAAGGAUGACCUCAGGGUGAUCCAGGAACCUUUACCAGCACCAGCACCAGCUAAAGAGCCGAGUGGCAAUGAGAACACCGAAGCCUCCACACCCAAAUCCAAAGGGUCCUCCACCAAGGCCUCCCGUAACAGCCAGCACAGGAGGGGACAGAUCUCUCCUUCCGAUGGUGAUUCGUUGGGAAGCGAGCCAUUCAGUGAGAGGGAGUCUCCGAAGGCAAACCCGAGACAAGCCGGACUGGCCACUGAUCCCAAGCAACCUCGUAAGAUGGCCCCUAAUGGAUUAAAUGGUCCUCCUCCACUGAAUGGUGCAGAUGAGCAGGUAUCAUCAGCCUCCAUUUUUGAGCAUGUGGACCGGAUGUCCCGCUCAGCAGACGGCGCCAACAAGCGCUUUUCCAGCAAGAUCCAGCUGAUUGCCAUGCAGCCCAUGCCCGCUCUGCCCUUACCCUGCCCUGCAACCGACACCAAGGCUGCCGACAACGCCAAGAUGAACAAGGAGAUCCAGGUUGCUCUGAGGCAAAAGUCUGAGAUUGAGCACCAUCGCAAUAAGAUCCGUCUCAGGGCUAAGAGGAAGGGCCACUAUGACUUCCCCGCCAUGGACGAUCUCAUGGACAGCCUGGGGGAUGCCAAAGAGCAGGACCGCAUCUACCAGAAGGCUCAGAUGCAGAUCGAUAAGAUCCUGGACCCGGAUAGCCGCGUGCCCCCACUCUACACCGAGCCCAAGAAAAGUGGCAGAGAAAAGCGUUCUCCCAAGCAGAGGAAGAAGCAGCAGAUGAAUGGAGAUCUCACAGACGCAGACAGAGACAGACUUAUCACUAAUGACAGUGAUGGCACAUACAAGAAAUACCCAGGAGUCAACAAUGUAGCAUAUGUGUCGGAUCCUGACCAGGGCCCUGAAGCUCAAAGUCCAUCGCCGACUGAUGAUGUUUUUCUGAGCUCAGUGUCGCCCCCAGCAGGCCACACCGCCCCUCCUCCUCCCUACCUGCCCCCUCAGCCCUCUAUAGAGGAGGCCCGGCAGCAAAUGCACUCGCUGCUUGAUGAUGCUUUUGCCCUGGUGUCUCCCUCUUCACAACCCACUAGUGCGGGCAUCACGCUGCCUGGGUUGGGGGUCAGGAGUGAAAACACAGCUCUUUCCAGCCCUCCGUCACGUGGACCACGACCCUGUGGGCCUUCACUCCCUGCGCUCAGCCCCUUCUCUGGGAGAUACUCUGAUUUAGGCCUGCCACCUUCAACAGUGCAAGGCUUAAUGCACAGGCCGGGUUUGGGAUGUGGUUACCCCCAAGGAGAAGGAGUUGGUGGAGAGCAGCUGCAGUCUGAGGGGCUCUACAACAGCAGAGGGGGCUAUAUUGAUGAACUGCCUUCUUCUGCCAGGCCUCGGCCAGUAGGGGGCACAACAGGUGCUCAGCUACACCACAUGACACAGGUGGGUUUGUCAGGUCGUGUGAAUGAGGGCAGGCAACCUGGUGCCUUAAACUGGGGGCCUUAUCAUGAAGAGGACUUCAGACCGGUGAACAGAGAUCCUGUUCUCAACUCUUUCGACUACCCCCUCGUCUCUGUGUUCCAGAGCCCCAGGAGCGGAAUGAGAGAGCCAUCCGCCCCCCCUGCCCACCUGGACACAAUGGGCCUGGGUUUCUCUCCGUCUGCUCCUCCUGAGGAGUCCAUUCCCCCCAGCCAUUCCUCUGCCUCGCUCAUCAAAGCCAUCCGCGAGGAGCUCAUGCGCCUUUCCCAGAAGCAAGCGGCCCCCGCGGGCUACCACAGCUGAGACCUGCUUCCUCCUGACACCCGCCAGCAAUACUGCACUGUACUUCCUAUGGAAGUGGUUUUUGAGUAGGAAGCCCAAAGAAGUGUGCUAGAAAAAGAGGAACUUUCUCACAUGACUACUUCACUGGCAGCCAAAGCUUUAUCUGAUGUCAGUGCUAAGCAUUGUAUCUGAGUGAAAAGCCCAUCACUUAGACCCUUUAAUAUUCACAUCCUGGCCCCUUUUUAGCACAGAUGGACAAACACUCACUGUAUUGCGAUUGAUGAACAACACUGUCUUUGAUUCAGUACUGGACACUUACCUUGUUUUUUUUUUUUUAGUCGUUUAAUUGUUUUUACACUGAAAGUGUUUACCUUACUUAACUGAGGUGUCAUGGCAACCCAGAAUUUGUGGUAGCAAUUAACUGUUGUACUGUCUUUGCGAUGACUGGGGAGAAGACAGGCAAAACCUCACCACCACACAUUCCUUAAGACCUUUGCUGUCAGAAGUCGUGUCUGUGUGUGGAGUACUGUUUUUUUCUCACUACCUUUGCAUUAUGCAAACAGUCUUUCACAAUCUUUCGCAAAGCAUUUGCUCGGAUGGACGUCCAUCACUGAAAAAAACGUAAGGUUUGCUCUUUGUUAUUUUUUACCAGCAGCCAUUGCUUUACUGUGCACUAUUUUUCAAGAUUCGUAGUAGCAGUAGUAAUCAUUUUUUCUUCUAAUAAUUUUCUGCUUUUCUCCAUCCUGCUGUGGUGCUACUGUUUCUUUUUUUUUUUUUUUUAAAGAUUUCUGUCCAUAAACCACACAUUGCCUUCUGCUGUAAAGGAAAAGAGCUCUUUGUCCAUACACAUCUCAGAAUAUAUGCAUGGACUUCUGAAUGUUCAUAUUGCAUAUAGGUGAGAGUUAGAUUAACUAAACUACAAACCCCACAAUUUACACUAUUCUCUAAACACUUAGUCUUUGCAGAGUAUAAGAUCUGCCGCUGCUUUGCUGUACAGCUUUAUUAUAGCAUUAUUAUACCAGACACUUUUAUUUCACAUAAUGUUUCUACCAUGCAUGUUAAAGUCUAAUUUUUCCAUUUUCACUACAGUAGUUAUACUAAUAUCCUGUCAAGUUUGCAAAACUUUACAGGCAUGAUUUGUGUCCAUUGUUUACCUGCAUGAUCUGUACUGACAUUCAGCAGCAUAAAUACAUCAGUGGAUCAGAUUUGAAAAUCUGAUCUGAAACCACCAUGAGGCCUGAUAUUGAUAGUAUAGUAUUGCCUGCAAAGAAGAAUAGUGGUUGUGGCAAGCUAAAAUCACCAAACUGUGUCCAGAUUGAUUUUUUUACCUUUCUCGUGUCAGUUUGGUGAUUUUAUUUGAUUUGAUUUAGCUUGCAAUGACAACUGUGUUCUUGUCUGCAAGCAAGAUCGCCAGUUGGCAGCAAACUAUUGCAAAUGCUUAUCAGCCAUAAAACUCUACACACACUAGCAAAUAGACAGAACAUUGGGCCACAUGAGCUUUUGUAACAGCGUCAGUGCACCUUCUCAUUGAUUGUACAAGUCUCUGGAGCUGUACUGGGGAGAUGAACACCGAUCAUUCAAAAGAUUUUCGCCUCAGUUGCUGUUUUGGUGAUGGUGGCAAGCUCUGCCAAGGACCUAACUCCCAUAGGUGUUGAAUUGGGUUGAGGUCUGGAGACUGUGAUGGCUAUAGGAUAUGGUUUACAUCAUUUUCAUCCUCAUCAAUCCAUUCAGUGAGCCCUUGUGGCCUGUGGAUGAGGGCGGAGUCAUCCUGGGGAGUUGCAGCACCUCUAAUAGGAAAAAAAAACAUCCAGAAUACAGUACUGUAGUUAUUUUUUUUUUAUACUGUGUGAUUGAAGUGCUUCUUUAUUUUGACUUUUGAUUUGGUUUGUUACUUGAGACCUUAAUUCACAACAGUACACACUUUAAUAUUAAAAAUUAUUCCUGUUUCAAAUUUUUUCUCUGCUGUUUACGUGAUUUUUUUUUUUUUUUUACUGAACCAACUACUCAGUGCUAAAAGAUGCUGAAUCAUGUUCACAGUUUUUACUUGUGCAUUGUAACUGAAUAGUGUUUCAUAAAAUAAGACACGUCCUGUAAGUCGUAGUCAAAUGAUAUUGAUUCCAAAUAGAAUAAAAUGAAAAAGUCAUUUGCUUUGAGGACCAAAGUAUUGCCACACUGAAGUUCUGAUUAGUGUUAUUGAUUUUUUUGACUGAUGCAGUGCUUGAAACAACCUUCAAGUGAGGUUUUGCGAAACUAGCAGUUUAUUCCAUUACAGUAUAUUUAUUAUUCAGAUUUUUUCUUCCAUCAAGCUGUCAUUGAUAAACUGACUGUACAUUUCACCUUCUGUUGUAUUUGAGGUACGUGUAUUAGAGUACUGUAUUCAGCAGUGUUGAGUCUGGGACGAGCUCAGUCUGUGGUACUAACCAUCACCUCUUAUUUUGAUCUGUUUUGUGCUCGGAUAUGUAUUAUGCUUGUUUCAAAACUUGUACAAAUCCUGUGUUAAAGUGGCGAAACUGAAGUACUGUUUUGACUGGUCAGUUUAUGGAAAAAAAAAAAAAAAAAGGGUUAUGUUUCUGAAUUGUUUUGUUGUUUUGCCUUGUAUUUUUGUUGAAUUGUUUGUUUCAAUGGAACUCUCUUUAUCUGUAAUUAAGUUUCCUUAUUUAAAUAAAAUGUUUCAUUGAAUGUGUUGACUGAGUGGUUUAUUGGAGUUGCUUGACUGAAUUGUGUUCAAGAUCCUCUUGUAUGCAGUGUUUGGGAUUAGCUCGCUUACAACUAGCUUAACAUUUGAGUAGCAUGUCAUACGUAAUAAUGUAGUUACUUUUCCAGUAGUUACUUUUCACCAUGUAGCGCUCUGUGCGACAAAAUGCUAUGCAGCCUUUUCCCUUUCUACAUAACCAGUUCGACAUUAUUUUUAAUGUACAAACUAUCGUAUGUAAUUUCUUGCAUAUGACGUGUUGAAUUAACGCGAUGAAGCAGUGACUUAUCAAACUAGAUAACUGUGUAUGACCGAGCAUGACAGAUCAGCUACUAAAAGUGUAGUUAAGCUAAACUAAUAGCUAAGAUUAGCCAAUAUGAAAUAAGAAGAAAACUCGUAAACGUACCUAUUUAAUUCACUGUUAUAUUCCCUUUAAUAUUAACUAGCUAGAUAGAUUCCAUAAACAGAACCCUAAGUAGUACAUUGAGCCCUUUCUGGAUCUGUUUAUUUUUUUUAUAUGAUUGCUGUUUUUCUGUUACAUAUUGUUC